AUGCCGCGAUCAUCAUCCGGAGAACCUACAAAGCCUUCCAAGCGAAAGGGCACAAGAAGUGUUUCGACCCUGACGCCCUCACAACUGGCACGCAAGCGAGCCAACGACCGUGAGGCUCAGAGAGCCAUCAGGGCCAGGACCAAGGAGCACAUUGAGCGUCUGGAGCGUGAGCUUGCCGAACUCAAGGGCGUCCAGAGCCGUGACAGAAAGGUCCAGGAGCUUCUGCGGCGGAAUAAGUUCCUCGAACAGGAGAUUGCCCGGCUUCGAGAACACUUGGGCUACACCGCUACGGACUCGUCCUACUCCUCGAAUUCCGCAGGUCCAUCAGUCUACGACGACAACCUCAGUUCGGGAAGCGGUGCUGUGCCCAGCCCGAGGGUGUCGCCUCUGCCCUCGAGUGACUUCAAUCAAAUCAACGACUACGCGCAGCAGUCGUAUGGCCACAUGACGAGCGCCGGCGGCGAGCCGUGGCAGCCGCCCGUCGCCCCGAACCCCGUCCUCGGCAACAUCCCCAGCCCCUCGUCUCCCGCCCACGGUGAAGAGUACAAUGCGGCCUACAUCCCCACCAGUGUCCCUCCCGCCAUGAUGCCGGCCACCCUCAAGGACAUCAAGCAGGACUACGACGAGAUCGACCACAACAGUGGGCUCAGACUCAACACCUCAACUCUGCAUAAUUUGCCACAAACAUAUAUGCAGCAACACCCGCCUCAGCCUCAGCCUCAGCACCAACACCAGCACCAACAUCAGCACCAGCACCAGCAUCAGCAUCAGCACCCGCAGCAUCCGCAGCACCAGCACCAGCACUCGCAGCACUCGCAGCACCAGCACCAGCAACAACAACCGCCGCCGCCGCCGCUCCACGCAUAUGCCCAGCAGCACCAGCAGCAACCGCCGCCUCACGCUGCGCACAGCGGCUCGCCUCACACGCCGCUGCAACAGCGCAAUCCACAGUGGAAUGCCGCGUAUUCUUUAUACUACCCUCCAGAGAUGGCCGAUAGCCACGCCAAUCCCGGCAUCCAUCGAUGAAUCAGCACCGACGCAUCCGAAAUCCCCAAACUUGACACGACCGAAACUCAUGGAAAUCUGGCCAUCACAGCCUCCCCUUGCCGGCGAAUGCAAAUCUCUGGCGGCCACCUGUUGUCAGUCUGCAUGCUGACCCAAGGUAUACAACCUUGGGCGCAACAGCCAAUUAGCUUGAACCUGGAAAACGGGGGGGAAAUAAUUCUGAACAAAUGGCGACCGAGAUUUGGCUGUUGACUGCACUGCAGCAGUGGGCAUGC